AUGGCCGUGACCCAACCAGUGCCCAGAGCGCGGCUGCUGCUGUACACUCCAGCGUCGGCUGCGCUCAGCACCCAGUUGCCCCAUGGGCUGCCGGAAGGCGUGCAGCUCCAGUUCCCAUUAAGCGUUGCGGACCAGGAGCAGACGGUCGCCUGGCAGCUGCUGUGCCAUCAGCGUCUAGAGGCACAGCUGGAUCGCGAAGUGGAAGGCUACGUGAGCCUGCGCCUAGACGAGCCAACGGCGCUUGGACCGCCGCUGCUUGUUCGCGAGCUGCCGGAGACGGUGGGCAGCAAGGUUUGGCGCGGCGCCUGGCUGCUUUGGAAGGUGCUGCAGAACUCGGAGGCCCAGUCCCUGCUGGAGCUGGGCGCCGGCGUGGGCCUCACUGGCCUUCUGCUCGCCAGCGAGCCGAGCGCCCAACAGCGCCGGGUGGUGGUCUCGGAGACGCGCAACGCCUACGCCGGCGCCGAGGUGACGUUCCAGAACUUGCAGCACAACGCGGCCCUCAAUGCCGCGGCCAUCGAAGCCGCGGGAGGAUCUGUGCAGGUGCUGGACCUGGAUUGGACGGAGGCAAACGGCGCCUUCGGCCACGCCUUUGACCUGGUCAUCGGCAGCGACAUCCUCUACGAGCCGCACCUCUUUGAGGACCUGCUCACGUUGAUGCAGCGCAGCGCCCGGCGGGCGGUGCUGGUGCAGAACACCGCGCGGAAGGGCACGGAGUACUUUAAGGCGAGCCCGGACGUGUGA